AUGUCUGUUUCUCUUCCUAAUGAUGUGCAAUAUAUAAUAAUUAUCUUUCUUAAUAGCGAUGACCAUGAAACCAAAUAUAUUCUUUAUAAGUACCUUUUUGUAAAUCGGUUUUGGUGUAGAUGUAUUAUACCAAUUCUAUGGCGAAGACCUCGCGUAGAUGCACGAGUCAUUCGCACUUAUCUUUCAUGUCUCAACUACGAUGAAUUAAAAUGUUUAAUCCCAUUUCGAAUCAAUAUUCCAGCUAAUAAACUACCGUUAUUUGAAUAUGGAAAGUUCUUGGAGAUAAUUAAUCUUUCUGAUAUAAACAGAUCUGUAAAAUCAUGGUUAAGCAAAGAAGGAUAUAAAAUUGAAACCAGUGCAUGGUAUAGAGUAAUUGAACCUCGGGAUCAUUUAAUGAAUAGUGUAAAGACAGCAAUCUGGCAAAUGUUGAUGCGUAAAUGUCGUAGAAUAAUAAGUAUCGAUUUAAAAUCGGAGCUAGGGGAAGGAGAUAUUCCAGAUAUUUGUUCUAGAAGUGCGAUUUAUUACUUGAAAAGUUUCAAUUUUAACGUACUUUCAGGUGAAUUUAAAGAACAAGUAUAUAAAAACAGUAUUGAAUUAAUUCGACGACUGCCGUCACUCUCUACGGGACUUAAACGCAUCUUAUGGAAUAGCUCUUUAUACCCUGAUUUACUAGUAGAUCUUAUUCAAAAACAAAAUGGACUUGAGUCUUUUAAUAUCUCUCAAAUGUCGUUUCGUUCGAACCUGACAGUUUUAUCAUCUUUAAGAGAUACACAAUCUACAACCUUAACUUCUUUUUUUGCUUCACAUGUUCAUUUUAAUGAUACUUCAAUUCAAAUAAUAGGUGGUUUCCAUAAUCUGAAGACUCUUAGUCUAUCAUAUUGCGCUGGAUUAGAGCCUAGACAUUGCGAAAUCAUAAAUGGAGCAUCAUUUCGUUUAAAUAACAUAAUUUUACGCCAUAAUUCUUGGUAUUUUAAGGUAGAUUUAGCAAUUUUCGCAAAAGCUGGUCAUGAUUUACGGACUAUCACUAUUUAUGACAAUUUCUCAUCAGAAAUAAUUCGAGAAGUUCAUAAACAUUGCCCAAAUAUUAAAAAAAUGAUCCUAUACGUAGAAAGUUCGAUGUAUAUUCCAUCAUUUUGUAAUUGGAUUAGCUGCUUACAAAAUUUGCAUACAUUGAUUAUUAUAGAUGCUAUUGCCUGCCCACGUAUUUCUGAAUUGGCUAAGAAAUUGCCCAAAUCUCUUCAACAUCUUAAAUAUCAUGGAAAUUUAGCUUCGAUAGAUGUGUUUAGUAAAUUUUUUGAAUGUUGUAUGGUUCCUUUAAAUACUAUUAGCAUUUAUCCCAUAAGUCUUAACUAUGUUUUUAGUCAAUAUAUUUCUGUUAUAUCCGAGUUUGCUAUUAGAGUCAAGAGUUUAAAAAGAUUAUUUCUUAGUAGAAGAGCUAUACCAAAACAAUGGCAGUCUCAAGAGUUGGAAAUAAAAAAAGGGCUAGAGAAUCAAGGUGUAGACUUACGUAUGCUUUUUUCAAUUUAUGAUGAUUAA